AUGAUUAAUGAAUAUCUCACAAAACUUGAAGUUCCUCAUGAGAAUAAUGAUAUCCCGAAUAUUUUAAAAAACCCAGAUUUGGAGCCAAUGCCUCCUUCUAGACGAAUCUGGGGUUUUUGGUCCUUCUUUGGCUACUGGGCGGUACCCAAUAUCACAGUUUGGACGUGGUCCACAGGUAGCGCUAUGCUAGGUUUGGGCUUAAAUAUUCAACACACCAUGGGAGCCCUAACGUUGGGGAAUUUGUUGAUUAUAUUGUAUACCUGCUUGAACUCCACUAUGGGCCUGAAAUACCAUAUUGGGUACACUGUGUGUAUGAGACUGAUUUUUGGAAUAUAUGGCUCUGGAAUUGGUAUUCUUAUUCGGUUUAUCUUGUCAGUGGUAUUUUAUGGAUCGCAAAGUUGGUUGGGUGGUUUAGGGCUUGUUGUUACUUUUUCAAGUUUCAGCAAAGACUUUAUGAACAUGAAGAAUACGUUUCCGGACAGCGUUGCCAUGACCACCAGAGACUUUAUUGGAUUUUUUGUGUUUCUGGUAAUUCAAAUCUUUUUCUUGUUUAUGAAACCCGAAAGGAUGAACAAAUACGUCAACUUGUCUUGUGCUGCUUGUGCUGCUGCAUUUAUAGCCAUAUUUGGUGUCUGCUUGAAAAAAAAUCAUGGUCCCGGAAGUCUAUUUCAUGAAGGGGUCAAUAUGAGCUCUUCGAAAACAGCUUGGAUGUGGGUUUACUCUAUGACUAUAUGGUAUGGUGCAUUAUCUCCUGAUGUGACGAAUCAAAGCGAUUUCUCAAGAUUUGCGUCGUCCAAAAGGAAAAUGUACUUGGGAAUAAUUACUUCUGUUUUGAUAACGGGCACUUUUGUUCCUCUAUUUGGACUUUUAUGUGCUUCGGCCACCCAGGACUUAUACGGUACAGCAAUGUGGCUUCCAACCGAUAUUGUGCUUCAGUGGAUGGGUGAAAACUAUAAUUCCGGAUUACGAGCUGGUGCUUUUUUUCUUGGAAUUGCCUUUGCAUUCUCGCAACUUACUUUCAACGUACUAGCCAUGGGAUUUGCCGGGGGGAUGGACUUGGCAGGAGUGUAUCCAAGGUUCAUUAACAUUAGAAGGGGAGCCAUCAUAACUGCCUUACUAUCAUGGGUAGUACAGCCUUGGCGCUUCUAUAAUACUUCGUCUGUCUUUAUGAACGUUAUGAGUUCUUUUGGAGUUAUAGUAACCCCAAUCAUAGCAAUAUUGAUAGCGGAUUUUAUGGUUGUACGAAACUAUACCCUUCCUUUGCUGGACCUUUACAGUACGCAUCCCGAUGGUACGUUUUAUUUUCUUGGAGGUUUCAACCUUCGAGCUAUCCUUGUGUGGCUUGCAGCUGCAGUUCCAGGAAUACCAGGCUUGAUUGGAAGAGUACAAGACGUCAAAAUUCCUGCUGGCUUGAACAACUUUUAUUUCGGAAACAUCAUCUUUGGUUUCGUGUGCCCGUUCGUUCUCUACAUCAUAGUUUGCAAAGUGUUUCCCCCAAAAAACCUUGGAGUAUGUGAUGAUCACGAUUAUUUUGAGAAUUUUGAUGUGAGUAACCAGGGAAGGAUAGAGGUGAUUGUCGGCUCUGAGGUUUCUAAGAGGGAAUCGUUUUCCCCAAAGGAGAAGCAAUUUGAUGAUUAG